GAUACAAGCUGCAUGUGCCGCGACGCUGGACGUUUCGCUUUUUUGUUUGCUGUGAGACGGCCAUAUGUCCCAGUUUCACUCCGUCUCCAUCCGUACCACCUUUAUUGCUUCUGAACGAUGCGGAGAGUGACUGAGCGAGUGUUAACUUGAAAGAGCUUUGCUUCUGCAAACACGCUGUUUUAAUAUAAUGAGAGUUUAAUUUGCCGUAUAAUUUAUAAACUUGCACGUAACGGACGAGCGGUUCUCGGGUUCAGCACCACUGACCGCUGGACAGCUCUUCUGACGUUGAGGAACUAUAUGAGACUGCAAACUUCGACAAUUAAAAAUUCCUGACUUUGGACAGUAGACACGGAGCUGAACUUCUGCACUGAUGGAGUGCUCGGCGCUGAGCAGGGAAGGUGCUGGUUUGGCCAAACCGCCUAAGCAUCUUUGGAGGCAGCCCCGAACCCACAUCCGAAUCAAACAGCGGUACCACUCCGACAACGAGCGGUACCUGUGCUCUACCAAAGCCACUGAGCAGCACCGCCCAGGGCUGAAAAAACCGAGAAUGUCCUGGCCGUCUUCUUUUAACAAACGUUUCGAUGUGGAAAAUGGGUUGUCGAUCGGACGCAGUCCACUGGACCCCAGUCCAAGCUCUGGUCUGGUCCUCCAAGCAAACAGCCAGAGGCGAGAGUCUUUUCUUUACCGCUCGGACUCGGAUUUCGACAUCUCGCCCAAGACGAUGUCCAGAAACUCCUCGACUACCAGCGAGCUUCAUGGGGAGGACAUGAUUGUAACGCCUUUUGCGCAGGUUCUUGCCAGUCUGCGUACAGUGAGGGGUAACGUUGCAGCUUUAACCCACAUGCAAGAUAGAAGCAACAAGAGACCGUCAGGCACUAACCCUCAAUCUGCCUCUAAAACAAACCAGACUGAUGAAUCAUAUCAAAAACUCGCUGUCGAGACUCUUGAAGAGCUGGACUGGUGUUUGGACCAGCUGGAGACCCUGCAAACACGUCACUCUGUCAGUGAAAUGGCCUCCAAUAAGUUUAAAAGAAUGCUCAACAGGGAGCUAACUCAGCUAUCUGAGACCAGCCGGUCAGGAAACCAGGUGUCGGAAUUCAUAGCAAGCGCAAUUUUACAAAAACAGCAUGAUGUGGAGAUUUUGUCAGCAACUUGUAAGGAGGAGAAAAAACGGCGCCCAAUGUCUCAGAUAAGUGGAGUGAGAAAACUGAGCCCCAGCCCGAGUCUCCCACCAACAUGCAUCCCACGAUUUGGUGUCAACACGCAGCACGAGAGCCUCCUGGCCAAGGGGCUUGAGGACAUGGACCGAUGGGGUAUAGAUAUUUUUAAGAUAGCGGAGUAUUCUGGGAAUCGGCCACUGACAGUCAUAAUGUACACCGUUUUUCAGGAGCGAGAUUUGCUCAAAACCUUUAAAAUCCCAUCGGACACCUUCUUAACUUUUCUGAUGACUUUGGAAGACCACUACCAUGCAGACGUGGCCUACCAUAACAACAUCCACGCAGCAGACGUUGUACAGUCUACACACGUUCUUCUCUCCACACCUGCCCUAGAGGAUGUGUUCACCGAUCUUGAGAUCAUGGCUGCUCUGUUUGCCAGUGCUAUUCAUGAUGUGGAUCAUCCAGGAGUGUCCAACCAGUUCCUCAUUAACACAAACUCUGAACUGGCUCUCAUGUAUAAUGAUGCCUCAGUGUUGGAGAAUCAUCACUUGGCUGUCGGCUUCAAGCUUCUACAGGAGGAAAACUGUGAUAUCUUUUGUAAUCUCAGCAAGAAACAAAAACAGUCGCUGCGACAGUUGACUAUAGAUAUGGUAUUAGCCACUGAUAUGUCCAAACACAUGAAUUUCCUGGCUGACCUGAAGACAAUGGUGGAAACUAAAAAAGUGACCAGUCUAGGAGUCUUACUGCUGGACAACUACUCAGACCGUAUACAGGUGCUCCAGAACAUGGUGCAUUGUGCUGACCUCAGCAACCCCACAAAACCCUUGGAGCUCUAUCGACUGUGGACAGAUCGCAUCAUGGUGGAGCUCUUCAGUCAGGGUGACCACGAGCGUGACAAGGGCAUAGAAAUCAGCCCCAUGUGUGACAAACACACGGCUUCGGUAGAAAAAACUCAGGUGGGAUUCAUUGAUUACAUUGUCCACCCUCUAUGGGAGACAUGGGCUGAUCUGGUCCAUCCAGAUGCUCAGGACAUUCUAGAUACAUUAGAGGACAAUCGAGAAUGGUACCAGAGCAUGAUCCCACGCAGCCCGUCGCCCACCCCCGAAGAGCAGGACUCACGGGCCACGGUGGGCUCAGCCGGGGAGAAGUUCCAGUUCGAGCUGACUCUGGAGGAAGAGGAUGGAGAGUUAGAGGCUGAAGAGGAGCACAUGGAUGCAGAAAGAUCAGGGACUAUGACGGACACCAGGCAUCCACAAAUGUCCCCCCUUCGAGUCACUCCCAUUUUAGACAGCAGUGAAAGAGAACUGGACCAAGAAAUGACCAGCGCAUCCAUCCUGCAGUUGGAAACUUAACAUGACCCAGUAUACCAACCGUAGCACUGUUCAUUUGUGUUUCUAAGUUGCACUUAUUAGUUUGGGGUUGAGUAGAACAACCAUUCACUAAAAACUAAAAA